GGACACAACCGCACAUCAACUUCUGAAAAUAGUACAUUCGCUCGAGAACCAUCAAACGCCAUCCGCAGAAUGUGGACUGCAAAACAGCGCCAUCAGUAGCUUAACUCAGUGAGAAAGCAGACAGCAAAUGAAAGACGAAAAGUACAAACACCAGACAACAGCAUUCGAAUCGUAUAACGAGGGUCUGCGCCAUGCCAGCGGGGCUCAAAAAUCCCCACUUACGGAGCCAACCGAAAAUCGCAUUCGCAUGAGGAGCAACAAUCAAAAUGCUGAAAUCUUUGGCUCUGCCUCGCUACUUCAAGAAAAAUAACUACAACAUACUAACGCCACCCCUAGCACCAGAAACAGAUCGAUCUCCGGUCACACCUAGUUUGCGAAGAUCUCCAUCAAACUCUACCAGAGCUUCGGCAAGAUGGCUUCGAGCACGGUUUCACUAUUCACCGUUGACCCGUUGGCAUCGGAAACGAAAAGGGUUUUCGAUGCUAGCGCCAAACAACUUCACUCUCGUCUCGCUACUGGCCAUCGGAUUUGUCCUCUGCUGUCUAAGUGGUCCUCCACUUUGCCAGGGAAGCGCCGUUCCAGAGCCAGUGGCAAAAUCCAAAGGAACUAUCUCUACGUACGCGACACGAACGAGCCUCGCACGAAUGGGGGUUGCCGAUACGUCCAAAAUCGUCAACCUCACGAGGCAACAUGGCGGUGAUCUGUUCUACACAUUUGAAAACAACAAAUGUGAUACAGAUUUUUGUGUUGGUUUGUCAAGCGGAACGGCAAGUCUAUCGAAAGGCGCUCCCAGCAGUCUACAAAACAGCGUCAAGGAGAUAGAUAUGCUAGCCGACAUGGAAACUGAAUGUAAAUGCCAGUGUCUCCCGCAUCUGACUACCUAUCGGGAAGACUUGGGUAUCUGCGUAGAUGACGUAAGAGAAUGUACCCUUGCGCCAUUUGUCAGUGGCUCAACGUUGGAGAAAAUUCCCUUCGUGUUUCUGCCGCACCGUGGUCAAAUUGUCUACCCAAGCAAGGAGAUCGGCUUUCCAGGUGUGAAAAUGCCCAUGUGCGCUGUCUCCGGAGCGCAAUAUCUGACGCACGCCGGAUGGGCCGAACUGAGAAAUCCGAUCGAUACAGAUGUACCGUUCCGGUUGUUUCGCGAUGAAGGUCGAAUCUACUUGCAAUGGCUUGGAGAACCUGAUCUACGGCAGCGCAUGCAAGGUCGUCUGAUUUUGGUACAUCUCAUGUGUCGGGACAUGACGCCACGAUUGGUGCUGAAGGAUAGCCACGCGCGAACAGUUGAUGACUUACUCCCGAAUCAGAAUAUUUUUACACCGUGCGUUGCCUUCAGAGUGGUCGGAACCCCAAUAAAGCAUAUCAACAACGUCACCGAGGUCAGUUUUUCUUCGGAGACACACAUCGACAGUCAAUCGGGGCUAAGUACGAAAGAAUACAUAGUAAUUGCCAUCUGCAGUCUUUGCCUGGGGCUGAUUUACAUUGCUUCGGUUUUCCUGUAUAUUCAUAUGAAGAAGCGGAAGCGCAACUCCGGAGACGACGACGAUUCCAACACGAUCAAAAAUGAAUAUUCAUCGUACCAGCAGAAUGAUCAAGUCACAUUUGGAGUCGGAUUGAGUUCACAGGUGAAUCCGUUUGCCAAUCAGCCUCACAACAACUUCAUAGCACGUGGCGGAAGUCAACGGCAGAGCGGGGCUACCGGCGGUCAUCGGGGUAUAACGGGGGCUCUGAAUGUAGGUCUUCACACCGAAGAGAUGGGAAUUGUUAAGAACAAUCCUCUGCUGAAGCACUUUCCUAAUCUGAGUGACAAUUCUGGUUUCAUUAGCGACAAUUCCAACUCCGUGUCGGAGUUUGAAGACGAACGAACUAUUGAAACUGAUAAAAUGCAGACUAAGGCUAACAUACACCAGUCAAAAAACUACUUAGGGCAUACCGACAUGGAUGGCGGACAUCUCCAUCCGCAACAAUCACUGCACAACCUUCAACAGCACAUGUCUCAGCAGAGUCACGAUGGAUUGAGCAAUCUGAAUGGCCAGGAUACCGAGUGUUUGCCAGAGGAAAAUGUGUCCAUUGUAGAAGAUAUCAGCAACGACGAAAAGCUCGAAAGUAUGAAGUCUAUCGUCAACGGAACUAUGCGCCGGAAGUUGUACUUUAAUCCUGCGUACUUCGAACCACACUUGCUAGUGUCACCACCACCUGCCGCAAUCGAAUUUUUGAACAAGAUACGUGAGGUCAUCACCAUCGCCAAGUACAAAAUGUCGGCUAAGCGGUUUCAACCUUCCCUGAACAUAAUUCCCGAGGAAUUGCAACAAGCUCAGGGAUCGGAAACCUAUGCAGCCGCUCAUACGGCUUCUCCGAGCCGUCGCAGCAGUCUUAUCAGCUCCCGACGAGAUAGUUCCAAGAAAAGUAUAUGCUCGGGUUGCCCCGGAUGUGAGAAGAAGGGCAACUCAGACGUCAUAGUUCCGUCCAGCAAUUGUAAAAACUGCGGAGACAAACAAAAUAGUAUCCGAAAAUGGCUGGAGAACGUUUCGACGAACCACGAAGGCGAGAUCAACGAUGUUGAUGUAUUCGAUGGCGGUAAAUCGUUGAGUAAUACCUCAGAGAAUCCUGAAUCUCUCAGAUCGUUGGAUGAUCGCUCAACCUGCGAGUCUCUUCCGAUAAACCCUGAAAUAAAGAAGCAACCCAAAUCACUGCGAUCUCGUCAAAGUAGCAUUCAUAGUGAUAGUUCAUCUGCAUCUGACAACGAAACAAUAGUAGCCAAUAGCGUGAAGGAACGUUCUUCGAUAGCCCGUGCUCCUUCAAGGAGCAAAUCUAUCCGAUCGGACACAAGCUCAGCACCUAAAAUUGUUUCCCAUAGUUUGAAAUCCGACGUGGUCAAAAUGGCCAAAUUCGGACCUGAUGAUGGAUCGAUCAUGAAAAAUAACAAUUUCGUGUAUGAUCAUAAUCCCAUUGAAGGCCACUCUAAAAAUCAAGAUAUUUACAUGAGAAAUAUCAACAAUUCUUUGGUAAAUUUGGAUUCGAACAAAAUCUAUGACAAACGGGAUCUGUACAGCAUAACGGGCAGUGAACUGUUCAACAAUCCUCAGUUUGAAUCCUCUCCCAAGAUGCAGCAUCGCGUGAUGAAUCCUAAUCAGUACCAUCAUCACCAUCAUCAGCAAAGCAGAAAACGUUCAAACUCACACAGUCGUUCUGGGCCUUUGAGCAAACGGCAAACAGAAAUACAGGAUCAAUUUGCAAAAGCGAACAACGGUGCUAAAAUGAGGAAUAUCAAUCACAUGCCCGAUAUGGUUUACGAAGCGUUGGCUAUGGACCAGCGAAAGAAUUCAUGGAGAGGACGUGGCGAACCCGUUCCCAUCAAUGAAUACAUGCACGAUUCUGAUAGCCGCUUCAGUAGCAUCGAUCGCACCGAAAAGUACCGAAAUGAGAAGUUCUUUCAUGACUUCAUCAACUCGGAUGACAACAACACGCUUGGGAACCGAUCUGGAAAGAACUCGUUCAACAAGUACCAACCGGAUUCGCCGAUCUACUCACGAAAGUCACCACAUUACUUGAUAGUCGAUUAUGAAACCGAUAGCUUAGAAAGAGUCACUUCCAAGACCCAGAUCAGCUUCAAUACCUCGACAACUAACAGUAGCGAUCUCAGCUCUCAACCCUCACCAUCCCAUAGUACAGCUCUCCCGUUGGAAGAGGAAGUUGAAAUACGCAAUGCCAUUUACGAUCGUGUGGAGGGGUUUAGAAAGGAUACUGAUACUAUCACAAAGGAGCGUGAAAGUGUCAGUUUAGACAUGGAUGAAUACGAAGACGUGCCAAUGAACUCACUUGCUGAAACGGUCAUACAAGUGCCGACAAAAAAGGGUCCGAAAAUCAAGUGUGACACGCCCUUUCAAGGCAGUAUAACAAUCGAGGUAGAACAUAGCCCGGAUGACUGCGAACUCUCCACCGACAGCGAUCAAUUCGAACCGGAUACUCUGGAUCGGAAACCAAAAAAACACAGCAACAUUAUCGGACGGCACAGGAGCAACGUUUGGGCUCAAGAUAGACUCAGUACAAAGGAAACAAACCUCACAUCCCUGCCGGCCGACCUGAACAAUCAUUUCAUUCUAAAAAACUCUCAAUCUUUCCGGGAGACAACAUUUGGCAGUCUCCGGGAAAUCUACGAGUCCAAAAAUUUAAAAAACGCUAACCACAAUCAGAUGCGAAGUCUGGAAGAAUUUGAUGUAGCUUCAGGUCGGAUACUAACUUUGGAAUUGAGGCACUCCAAAAGACAGCGAUCGAACGAUAAUACCGUGAUUGUUCCAAAGCUAAUGCCACCGGAUCUGAUUCCUUCUGAGGUGCCGAUUCCCCGAAAUCAUUACGAUCAGCCCCGUCAACAGCUGAAAAAAGUCGAAGACUACGGAAUAUCUCCUAAGAAUCUGGCCUGCUGGAAUAACGAUAAGUUUACGAAACAACCCAACGGACCAGCACCGAAACCGUCUCUGACUAAUUUGGAAAACUAUGAAUCAACCCACAGUCUGACGGCGGAUAGCGACUCAACGCAAUUCACAGGGGUUUCCGAAAAUGAUCAAAACAUGGCCAAGAAACCGAAAAAGAUCGCCAACUACAGCCAAGUGAAUAAACCUAGUCGAUCGCAUUCAAUGGAGAAGGACGGUUUCCGAUUGAAUCAUGAGCAGGAUGCAGGGGUCGUCAAAAAUUACAUGACUUUGGGAGAUUUGAACGAGAAAAACUUUAGCAUAGAUCAAGGCAAAUCGCAUCAAGUGAUGAACCGCGCAAAGUUCAUUGAAGACAUCGACAAGAUUGAGGUGUUGUCUACCAAGACACUGUCGAAUCAUGAUUUUCCGGUAAGGAAAGGCAGCCCUAGUAUAAACCCUAAGGAGUCCGAUGAAGAGAAAAAUACAUACGAAAUAACUCCAAUCACAACCACAAAGGUAUUUCGAGUGGAGAUCAAUCAAGCCACGAAUGGAAUGCAAAUAGCAAUGGGGCUUCGGGAUCGAGUGAAGAAAUCGAAGGAUAUUAAGAAUGCAUGGAAGAAAUUCAUUGGAAUAGCCACAUCGAAAUUCAAUGGGAAUUCUGGUGAUUCGGACCUAGAGAAAAACUCAGAUUCUUCAGACAUAUUGGAUAAAGACGAAGGAAUUUCGUCGUUGAUUGAUGACGCUAGUGCGGCGUACGACAGUGCUGAGAAAGGCCAUUACCAUCAUCGGCACCAUCAUCACUAUAAGCCAUCGAGCUCCAGUGGUCCUCCGUCCAUCAAUAGGCAGAUCACGGUUAUUCGAAGCCAUUCCCGAUCCAGUGUUAAGGACGAUAGCGGCUACAUUAGUGCCGAUUCGAACGAGUCUCGAUUGAAUAGGAAUUUGUACGAACGAUUCAAUUUCACAGCAAAAUCGAUAGAUUCGACAAACUCUAUUCAGGAGGAGAACAAAUACGAAAUAUGUGCAAUUCCGGAGCACUCAGUAAGCACCGUCAAGAGUAACACGUCUUCGUCUUCGGAUGGAAGUGGCCGAUCCGACAAACAACUUACACGACCCAAAGCUCCACCUCCUCCACUGCCUCCACCGAAUCCACCUCCACCCCCUCCGACUGCAACAAUUCCCUCCAAGAAGAUGCCUUCCCCGCCUCGCACGAUAGAGAAGCCACAAACCAGGCCUCCUCCGCCACCAACGAAUCCACCACCCAAAAUUCCGCAACCGGAAGAGAACUUCCUGUUCAACACGGCAGAUGCCAUCAGUGUGCGCGUGUACUCAUCGGAUGACGAGAACUUCGCCAGCAGUGAGAACGCGUCCUGCAUUUCCGAAAACAACGAAGACGAUGACGAUGGAACGAGCUGCGCAACGGACGACAUCUGCGAAUCCGGCGCGGAGAGCGUCGAAACCCACUCGGUGUUCUUCAAGAACAUUAGACCUAGACGAAAUGAGGCGUCGUGCAAUGUGGCCGCGUUGGCCCACUAGUAAGUUAUAGUAGUAGGUAAAGUGCAAUUUGAAAAAUGGUUGUGCAAUAGCAACAAUUUAUAUAGGAACUAUGUAG